GGCGGGGUGUACUGUACCGGAAGUGGGCGGUUCCCGGAAGUAGUUUCCUCCGUCGGUAUCGAGGCGCGCUUCCGUCUCUCAGAGAUUCCCGGAGAGGAGCCAUGGAGCGGGAUCAGGUGACGUUUGAUGAUGUGGCGGUGUAUUUCUCGGAGGAGGAGUGGCGGAGUCUCCGGGACGAGCAGAAGAGUCUCUACAAGGAAGUCAUGAACGACAAUUAUCAGAUGAUCCUUUCCCUCAAUCGGCCGGACCUUAUCACCAACAUUGCGUUGGGUUGUGAGCCGUACAUCACCACAGCCCGGGACGGCGCCAUCCGAGAUUUCUGGCAAGGUGAGCGGUUGGCAGCCUCUGGCAGAAGCAUAUUCCAGGAGAGUACUGAACCCCUAUCACCACCGAAGAGACAGCGGAGAUACCCCAGAGUGAACCCCUUCAGGUGGAUAAAGAGACACAAGAAGAGUAAAAGUCGUUUUUCCCGAACAACAAGAAGAUCGGAGCAGAGAGAGAAUGGGAAUAUUGAAGAGAGUAACUACGAGACGAGAGAUGAAGCUGGGGACAGCAGGGAGGGGCGCUCUGAAUUGUGCACAAGAGACCCAUCAAACUCUAUGCAGAGCAGAGAACUAGCGCAGAGAAGCCCUCAGACAGAAGAUGGGAACAGAACAAGUAGAGACAGUCAAAGUUCUCGGACAGUUCAAAUAAUGGGCACCAAGUAUAAACCAGAUCUGAGGGUGACUCUGAGAAACUCAGGGGAGGAACCUGGUAGUGUAGCGGAGAGAGGCGAGGGCAUAGCAGACAUGGAACAUUACACGCUUCACGCAGCCGAGGCUGAGAGGGCCACAAGCUCAUCAUAUACGACUCGGCACAACACUCAUCAUGGAGAUGGACAUACUCAGAGUUCCCUGUCCUCACCUGAAACCACAGAUACUGGGAAGUCUCCACAUCUGAAUGAGGAGAGGCACCAAGAAAAGACUAAAAUGGACUCCGCAUGUGAAGGAAUUCCUUUGCCACGGAAGAAGGUAAAACACGUCAAGUUCAGUGACACGGUUACCACGUUUAUUAUCGAGUCGGAAGAAGCAGAACUCGCAGAGAAGGCAUUCUUCGAUAGCAUUAGGCUGCAGAGGAAAAUCCGUCCUCGUGUUGUUAUUGUGAGUAAGGACAUUAAGACAUGCACCACAGCAGAGCCAAUCCUAGUUACCAAAAGUCAGGACUCCAAGCCUAAAGCCACCCAGCCAGAGCGGAAGACCACCGCGGUGCGUGACACUCUGGAAGGAGGGAGCCAAGACCUGAAAAGUCCAAAUUCCAUGAAAUGCAACAAGACGGUGAGAACCACAGAGGAUGUUGGAGGAUCUCUGCCAAGCGCAGUAUGUAGGAGAGUUGCUGCAAGGCUAUCCCCGUCUACUGGGCCUCAACUGCAACCAAAGGACAGAGAUGAAAGGUCCAUGGUUACCAGGAGUAACUCCAAGCCUAAUGCCACCCAGCCUGAAUGGAGGACCACCAAAAAACGUGACACUCCAGAAAGAGGAAGCCAAGAGCUGAAGAGUCCAAAUUCUGUCAAAUGCAACAAGAUAAUGAAGACCACAAUGGAGGUUGAAAGAUCUCCGCCAAGCGCAGUAUGUAGGGCAGAGCCAUCCCCGUCUACAGGAUCUCCGCUGAGACCAAAGGACAGAGAUGAAGGGUCCAUGGUUACCAGAAGUCAGGACUCCAAGCCUAAAGCCACCCAGUCAAAGCAGAAGACCACCACAGAACGCGACAGUACAGAAGGAGGAAGCAGAGAUCUGAAAAGUCCAAAUUCUGUCAAAUGCAACAAGAUAAUGAAGGCCACAGAGGAGCCAGCAGGAUCUCCGCCAAGCGCAGUAUGUAGAACAGAGACUGCAGAGCCAUCCCCGUCUACAGGGCCUCCACUGCAACCGAAGAACAGAGAUGAAGAGUCCUUUGUUACCAAGCGUCAGGACUCCAAGCCUAGUGCCACCCAGCCAAAGCAAAAGACCACCACGGAAUGUGACAGUACAGAAGGAGAAAGCCAAGAUCUGAUAAGUCCAAAUUCUGUCAAAUGCAACAAGAUAAUGAAGAGCACAGAGGAGGUUGCAGGAUCUCUGCCAGUCCCAGUAUGUAGGACAGAGACUGCAGAGCCAUCCCCGUCCACAGAGCCUCCACUGCAACCAAACAACAGAGAUGAAGAGUCCUUUGUUACCAAGAGUCUGGACUCCAAGCCUAGUGCCACCCAGCCAGAAAGGGAAACCACAGCGGUGUGUGACAUUCUGGAAGGAGAAAGCAGAGAUCUGACCAGUCAAAAUUCCAUCAAAUGCAACACGAUGAUGAAGACAAUGGAAGAGGUUGAAGGAUCCCCACCAAGUGCAGUAUGUGGGAGCGACACUACUAAGCCUUCCGCCUCCACAGAGCCACAGCUGCCGCCAACCAAAAGGGACGUAGGAACGCAGAUAGAUCUAUUUCACAAAGAAGAGCUGCAGCAACCAGCAAGCCGGAUUCAGCUCACCCCACUAAACCCAGAUGAAAGUGAUCAGAACUUCAUGAAAUCUUAUUCUUGCUCUAAUUGUGGCAAAAUUACCCACUGGACGAGGCUCAAUGAGCAGCAAAAAGCCGACGUAGAAAGGUCCUCUCUUCAUUUUUGCAGAAUGUGUAGCCGGCAGAGAGAUAAACCAGCCUUUAGUCCAGACAAGGGUACACCAAAUACAACUCCCACCAAAUGGGCCACCUCAAAUAAAAACGUGACCGGAAGCCCUGCUAGAAAGAGGCCACAUUGUUUGCUUCUGGAUGAUUCCCCCGACACUAGUUCACCUGCUAAGAAGAAGCAAAGACAAGACGUAAAGGGUGAUGCAGAAACCCCAAGGAGCUCAACCCAUCCCAAUGGUCAGCUAAAGAAGGGUGAAGAGGCAUCACUGAGGACCCUAACCAGCCAUAAUGUCCAACUGAAGAAAGGUGAGGCAUCAACAACCAGUGAUCAUGUUCAGCUGAAGAAGAGCGAGGAAGCAUUACUGAGCACCCCAACCAAUCACAAUGUUCAGCUGAAGAAAGGUGAGGCAUCACCAAGGACUUCAACCAGUCAUAGUGUUCAACUGAAGAAAGCUGAGGCAUCACCGAGGACCUCAUCCAGUUUUGGUGCUCAACUGAAGAAGGGUGAGGAAGCUUCACCUAAAACUUCAGCCAAUCCUAAUGCUCAGCUGAAGAAAGGUGAGGCAUCGGUGAGAACCUCAACCAGUGAUAAUGUUCAAUUGAAGAAGGGUGAGGAGCCAUCACUGGGGACCUCAACAAGUCCUAGUGUUCAGCUAAAAAAGGGUGAGAAAGCUCCACCGAAACUGUCAACCAAUCAUAAUGUUCAACUAAAGAAGGGUGAAAAGGCUUCACCGAAACCAUCAACCAAUCAUAAUGUUCAACUAAAGAAAGGUGAGUCAUCACCAAGGACCUCAACCAAUCAUUCUAGCCACCUGAAGAAGGGUGAGGAGGCAUCACCGAGGACCCCAAUCAGUCAUAAUGUUCAGCUGAAGAAAAGUGAAGAGGAGUCACAGAGGACCAAAACCAAUCCUAAUGUCCAGCUGAAUAAGGGUGAGGAGGAGUCACUGAGGACCUCCACCAAUCAGAAUGCCCAGCUGAAGAAUGGAAAGGAAUCCUUGUCUAGGACCUCAGCCAAUCAUAAUGUCCAGCUGAAGAAGAAUACGGACGACAACAACAAGUUUUUAGCAGCAGAGGACGCUCACACUGAUAACAAUUCCAACCUAUGUAGACAUUGCGAAUCCCCAGAAGAUGCUAAACUCCACCACAAAGUAAAAACGAUUAAAACGUAUACGAGAAGCUCUUCUACAAAAGUUCUUUCAAAUCCGGAUUCUAAAAAUGAUACACCAGAGAAAAGGAAAUCCAACCAAAUUCUGCAGAAUAAACCAAGUCCUGUUCAAGAGCAGAAACUCCCAUCCGAUUCCAAAUCCAAUAAAGGCACCACGACCCCGCAAGAUCAGAAGAAUGGCGCUCAGACAAAGAAAGACGCGUGUGGGAAGUGCGGAAAACUAUUUAUUAAGAGACAAAAGACCAAACCCCUGGCAAAUAUUCAGCAUAAGAAACCUGUCGAUGAUGGCUCCCCCAUUUCCACAGAUAAAAUUCAGAAACUGGGUCCAAAAUUUGAUGCUGUCAGAAAAAAACGGGUGAAGAAAUCACUCGGUGAGCCUAAAGUAAAGAAGCCUCGAAACGCUGAGGGCACCAAAAGUCCCAAAUCUCCCAGAGGGGCCAGAGAUAAGGAUCUUUGCACCAAAUGUGGUAAAAGAUUAGCUUUGCAUGUGGCGCCCAGCCAAGACGGCGGAAAUGAUGAGAAUGAAUGCGUUGUUCUUCCUAGGAAGAAGCGGAAGCGCCGUCUUGCUGGCAUGGAACCUUUCACGUGUGAAGACUGUGGCAAAAUCUUUACCCGGAACUUCACUCUCCUGCAGCACCGCCUAAUACACACCGGGGAGCGCCCCUACUCCUGUAAAGUGUGCAGGAAGACCUUUAGGGACAGCAGCUAUCUCAUCGUUCACAUGCGGUCCCACACCAAGGAGAAACCGUACGUCUGCCUUGAGUGCGGGAAGUGCUUCUCGCAGAACUCUGCCCUCCACGUCCACAGCAGAACGCACACCCACGAGCGACCCUUCAAAUGCGAGUGCGGGAAGAACUUCACUGAUCGAUCAACCUACCGCCACCACCAGAGAAUUCACACUGGGGAGAAGCCCUACGCCUGCUCAUACUGCGGCAAGAAAUUCACACAGCAGCCACACAUGAAGAGACACGAGACGAUCCACACGGGGGAGAGACCCUUCGAAUGUUUAGAGUGCGGAAAAAGGUUUAGCGAACGGACAAAGCUGCAGAAACAUGAACGUGUCCAUCAGAGAGCGAAGGAGAAGGACUGAGCGCGGGUUACCGAAAAUGUUCCACCGGGGACAGAAGAUAUCAUAGAGAAGGGGCAGAACCUUCCAUGGUAGAGGCCCCAUCACAGAUCUCUGAGGACUUCUUAUGAAGGAACACAAUGGCGAAGUAUUAACGUAGAGAAGGACAAAUCGAAUGAACCAGAAUACAUGGAAUGUCCAACUGGUGCCUCACUUUACUGAACCGUUAUUACAGCCAACGAGCUCCCAGUUGCAUUUGUGUGCAGACAUAUGCGAAACCCCUCCAAACCCACAACGUCCCCCCUCCAUGAAGAGUUCCAACGUCCCCCCUCCAUGAAGAGUUCCAACGUCCCCCCUCCAUGAAGAGUUCCAACGUCCCCCCUCCAUGAAGAGGUUCCAAUAUCCCCCCUCCAUGAAGAUUUCCAACGUCCCCCUCUAUGAAUAGGUUCCAAUAUCCCCCUUCAUGAAGAUUUCCAAUGUCCCCCUCCGUGAAGAUUUCCAAUAUCUCACACAACAUCCCCCUCAAUGAAUAGGUUCCAAUGUCUCUCUCCAUGAAGAGUUCCAAUGUCCUCCAUGAAUAGGUUCCAAUGUCCCCCUCCAUGAAGAGUUCCAAUGUCCUCCAUGAAUAGGUUCCAAAGUCCCCCCUCCAUGAAUAGGUUCCAAAGUCCCCCCUCCAUGAAGAGUUCCAAUGUCCUCCUCCAUGAAGAGUUCCAACGUUUCCCCUCCAUGAAGAGUUCCACCGCCCCCCUCUAUGAAUAGGUUUCAAUAUCCCACGCAACGUCCCCCCUCCAUGAAGAGUUCCAAUGUCCUCCAUGAAUAGGUUCCAAAGUCCCCCCUCCAUGAAGAGUUCCAAUGUCCUCCUCCUUGAAGAGUUCCACCGUCCCCCCUCCAUGAAGAGUUCCAAUGUCCUCCUCCUUGAAGAGUUCCACCGUCCCCCUCUAUGAAUAGGUUCCAAUAUCCCACGCAACGUCCCCCUCCAUGAAGUGUUCUCCGUAGGAUGAAGUCUUCAUCUGCCCACAACCUCCUAGCAUGGUGGUUCCCAUGUCAGCCUUGGCCGCAUGUGCCGCAGUGUUGGUACACCUAUAGAAAAGCACCUUGUUUUGCGGGUUGAGGCUUCCCCAUAUGUAUGCAGCCGAGACCUCUGCUUUUUCUCAUUAUUAUUAUUGACUAGGCUGUCUAAGACAUCAACCCUCAAAAGUUUUGUAGAUAGAGCCAACCAAUGAACAUUUCAAGAGUCUGAUAUCAGCAAAGUCCCAUAUAAAGGAGGAUAAUAGAGACAAACAUUUCAUAGAACUCUGCUGUGCAGGCUUUGAUCUCUCUCCCCCUCCCCCACAGCUAUGAAUGGCCGCACAGUCCGAGAUCCACAUCCCUCAAAAGAUUUUCUCUAUUUUUAUGUUGACUGAUAAUAAUAAUAAACUGUAUGGAAUAAUUUA